CUCCCACUAGACUGCUGGCUAGGAGAGGGAGAACUGCUGCUGUAUUUUACUUGUUGGCUUUUUAUGAUUCGCUUUUAGAAAAUACAACUAGAAAAUAAAUAUUUGUACUUGUCGUACACUGCGAAGCCUCCUUUUUUAAACUCGUUUUCACCCGAUGCGCAAUAACCAUUCUUUGCUGAUUCCUUUGUCAAGGGGCUUAUUUUCGGUCUUUGGUCCUGUUUAAAUUGGAAGAACUAUUAGUCAAAAGACAAAACUUUAAUUGGACUUUUCUAGCGGUCUGCUUCUUCUGAUUGACAAAUGGCAGAUGUGACAUGUUCAAAUGAAGGAGCUCGGAGUGUGUCCCCGCAGUGUCCUAAACCCGACGAGUCGGAGGUGCCCCUUGGCACCGCCACGGAGACCCAGCCGUCUCCACCUGUUGAUGGGGUAAAGACGAAGAAUGAUUCCUCUGGUGGUAUGAUCACAAAAGAAAUGGAGGAAGAGGAGAAGAAGUUGACAGAAAAAUCCGAAGAAAUGGACAAGGAGAUGAUUGAAAAGGCCCGUGAGUCCAUUGUACGGGACUCCCACGAUAUGCGCUUCAGGAGACUCCAGCAUCUGCUUGAGAAGAGCAACAUCUACUCCAAGUUCCUGCUGACUAAAAUGGAGCAGCAGCAACAAGAGGAGAAGGCCAAGAAAGAAAAGCAACAAAAAAAGUCUAAGAAGGUGACGAAAAAGGAUGAACCUGCCAUUGAAAAAGCAACCUCAAGGAAGCGCAAGAAAGAUGACUACAAAAUAGCUGAUGUCAUGUCCAAAGAGGAAAUUAUGUCAAAGUCGAAGAAAAUUAAACUAGAAGAAGAGGUGCAGACAGCGUCUUCUUCAAAACGGAAGAAGAACAUGGAGGAGGAGGACCUGGAGAAGAUGAGCGACUCCAACACGGACAUCAAGAGCCGUCUGUCAGAGGCGAUGCAGGACAGCGCCAAGCACCAGCUGGACCCGAAGAGGACGUUUGAAGGGAAGCCGGUGCCGGCCCAGCAGCCCCGCCUCUUCACCGGCGGGGCUAUGCGCUGGUACCAGAUAGAGGGCAUCGAAUGGCUGCGGAUGCUGUGGGAGAACGGUAUCAACGGCAUCCUGGCAGACGAGAUGGGCUUAGGGAAGACCAUCCAGUGCAUCGCCCACGUGGCCAUGAUGGUGGAGCGCGGCGUGCUUGGCCCUUUCCUGGUGGUGGCCCCACUCUCCACGCUGCCCAACUGGAUCCGAGAGUUCAAGCGCUUCACGCCCACGGUGCCGGUCCAGCUGUACCACGGGCCCGCAAAGGAGAGGCCCGGUCUGCUGAAGGUGAUCCAGAAACCCCAGGGGCCCCACAACAUGUGCCCCGUGGUCAUCACCUCCUUUGAGAUCGCCAUGUUUGACAGGAAGGUCCUACAGAGGUUCCAGUGGAAAUACCUCAUCGUGGACGAGGGCCACAGGAUCAAGAACCUCAACUGCCGGCUGGUGCAGGAGCUGAAGCUGCUGCCCUCCGACAACAAGCUGCUGCUGACGGGCACGCCGCUGCAGAACAACCUGUCAGAGCUCUGGUCCCUGCUCAACUUCCUGCUGCCAGAGGUCUUCGAUGACCUCAAGAGCUUUGAGUCGUGGUUUGACAUCGACACCAUAAAAAGUGACGGGGUUGUGGUGGCCAACGAGCAAGAGGAGACGGUCCUCCACAUGCUGCACCAGAUCCUCACUCCGUUCCUGCUGCGGAGGCUGAAGGCGGACGUGACGCUGGAGGUCCCUCCCAAGAAGGAGAUCAUCGUGUACGCCCCGCUGACCCUGAAGCAGGAGACCUUCUACAAGGCCGUGGUGGACAAGAGCAUCAGCAAGCUGCUUGGCCGGGAGAAUACGUAUUUCUCAGAGAGCGUCCUGCCGUCAACGCCGACAGCCAGCGGCAGGCCCACCCGACGCAGCAAGAGAUUGGUGAACUACGACGAGAAACUAGAUGAGAAAGAGACCCCCAAAGCGCUGGAGAGAUACCUGGAUAAGAUCCGCAAGGAGAACGGGGAGCAGAGCGCCGGACCUGUGCUGGCGGUGAAGAAUUUGCUGAACACCCAAGUCAACCUGAAGCUCCAGAAUAUCCUGAUGCUGCUGAAGAGGUGCUGCAACCACCCCUACCUAGUGGAGUACCCCCUAGACCCCGCCACGCAGCAGUUCCAGAUCGACGAGGAGCUGGUGAAGUGCUCGGGGAAGUUCCUCAUCCUGGACCGAAUGCUGCCUGCCCUCAAGAAGAGGGGCCACAAGGUGCUGGUGUUCAGCCAGAUGACAUCCAUCCUGGACCUGCUGGUGGACUACUGCUACCUGCGGGGCUUCGAGUACAGCCGGCUUGACGGCAGCAUGUCCUACGCAGACCGUGAUGAAAACAUGACGAAGUUUGCAGAAAACCCAGAAGUCUUCCUCUUCCUGCUGAGCACGCGAGCCGGAGGCCUGGGCAUCAACCUCACCUCUGCUGACACCGUGAUCAUCUUUGACAGCGACUGGAACCCCCAGGCGGACCUGCAGGCCCAGGACCGAUGCCACCGCAUCGGGCAGACCAAGCCUGUGGUGGUGUACCGUCUGGUCACGGCCAACACCAUCGACCAGAAGAUCCUGGAGCGAGCAUCCGCCAAGAGGAAGCUGGAGCAGAUGGUCAUCCACAAGAAUAAGUUCAAGGGAGGGAGGGAAGACCUGGCCCCGGCUAAGAGCUGCCUGGACCUGGACGAGCUGAUGGGGAUGCUGAUGGCCAGGGAGGCAGAGCGGGAGGUGAAGAGCACCAAGGGGGAGGUGAUCAGUGACCGGGACCUGGAGGUUCUGCUGGACCGUAGCAACAUGAUGGACAAAGGGAGGAAGAACGUGAAGCAGGAGAAGGUGGGGGUGUUCCGGGUGAUAGAGGCCAAGGAGGCCUCAGAGAUCCUUUUGCCCUGAGGAGGAGUCAUUGGCAGAAAAAUAAAACAUUCAUUAACGCUGGUGUUUGUGUUUCCAGUGAAAACCCUUUUUCGAAAACGUUCGAAAACUACUGUAAGUUGACCUUUAUAAGCGGGAAAAACUACUGUUGUUCUUGCUAUUGACCUGUGGUAGCUUUGUCUUCUUGUUCUCCUGUGACUGAAUCACUGUUCAAAACGUGCAAGUGCGUAUUUUUGCUAAAAUAAAGUCCUAGUUGUGUGUGUAAAUAUAUAUAUAUAAAAAAAAGGCACAUGUAACAGUUUGUGUCAAUCCAGUUCAGCUAUGUUCUCUGCCCAUUCCAAAGCCAAGCACGGUCAUUUAAAUUAAAGCACUUUAAUGGCCCCAAAGCAAACUUGGUACAUACGACUUGAUCUUUUAUCGUUCUGUUCUUAUACAAUUAUGUCAAUAAAUCCUAUCUCAAAUAUUAAA